AUGCCGCCGCCGUCUUCCGCCCAGCAGAAGGUGCUCAUCGCCCAGUUUGUAUCCUUGACUGGUGCCACAGAGCGUCAGGCUACUCGUUUCCUCAAGAAUGCAAGCUUCAAGAUGAACGAAGCCGUCGAUACGUACUUCUCUUCGGACGGAAAUGGCAAGGGACCAUCACCAGUCGAGGCCAAGUUGGAAUCCUUAUUCGACCAACUGCAGGACAGUGACGAUGAGAAGGACAAGUUGGAGCUUGACUCCACUAUGGCUUACCUCACUGAGAAGCUCAAGAUCAACAUCGAGAACGCAGAACUGCUUGUGGUCCUGGAACUUCUCCAGGCACCCUCAGUGGGAAUGAUUACCAGGAGGGGAUAUGUUGAUGGAUGGAAAAACACUGGAGUUGGAGCAUCACACCAGGAGCAUGCUGCCCAUCUUCGACGACUGAUUUCAUCCCUCUCCUCCGACCCCGCCUUGUUCAAGAAGGUAUAUCGGUACGCUUUCGUUGCAGGACGCGAACCCGACCAGAAGGCCCUCGGCCUGGAGAACGCCCUCGUUUACUGGGACAUCUUGUUUGCCUCUCCCGGAGUGGAGUGGAAGACUGCGAAUCACGACUGGCUGGACCUGUGGAAGUCCUUCCUCAAUGCAAAGUGGACCCGGUCUGUCAACAAGGAUAUGUGGAAUAUGACGCUCGAGUUUGCCGUCAAGUCUCUGUCAGACGAGUCACUAUCUUUCUGGAACGAGGACGGUGCGUGGCCAAGUGUCAUUGAUGACUUUGUCGAAUGGUGCCGCGAGAAGGGUAUCGGUAAGGCCGACGGCAUGGAUGUCGACGACAAUUGA